CACAACGCCCUCCCAAGUUGUUGAAAUAAUAUUAUCAUCAUCCACAGGGGCACAGUAGAGAAAGCAACCAGCUAAGAAUUGAAUCGGGAGAUGAGUGGAGAGCUGAGCGACUUCAGCGACCUCAGAGAGGCCGCAAUUCGCGCUGUAGAUAGCGUCAUCGAGGAUGAGGUUGAAGAUGUAGUGUCGUCUAUUCACGUUGAUCGUGACCAGAUGUCUGCCGUGUGGAAUCAAGCGCUGGUGACUGCACUACAUGCCACUCCUAUCAAGCAGUUUGGCAUUGGAUUUGGAGUUGGAUGGUUGUCGGGCUACCUAUUCAGAAGAGUCAGCAGAACAGCUGCAUUCCUCGUUGGCUGUGGCUUCCUUUCUUUACAGGCAGCGUCAGCCCUGGGUCUCAUCUCUAUCAACUGGAGACUGUUGGGUCAAGCAGCUCAGCAGCGAUUGUCCAGAGUGGGUCGGCUUGCCAGCCAGGCCGGACUUACUUCUGAAACUGGCUCUACCUCUGACAAAGUGGUGGAGUUCUGUAGAAGACAUGGCUAUGCGUCCAGUGGGUUUGCAGCUGGAACCGUAGUGGGCCAUCACAUUCUAACUCACCCCCUCUCUCACCAUCAUUUUGACAUCAGCCAAGCCAAUGUAUAACAUCCAUAAUUUAAUACCCACACACACACACACUGACAAGCACAACACUGACAGUGUUACGAAGACGCACUAGCAAACUUCAUCAGAGAAUCAGAUUUUUAUGGCAAAAUUUUAAUGUAAAGCAGGCGUAUGUAUAUAAUAUAUAUACCUGGUCAUCUGAUUCCACAGGGCUAUAUUGCAUUAUAGUAAGACAUACGAGGCGUGCAAAACAGAAACAACUGCCACAUGAAUAAUUAUGAGAAUGAAUCAGAUAGUUUUAUGGAUCAGGUAAGUCUUGUUGUUCACGCACUGAAUGCGUAUCCGUACGUUCAACUUGAGAACGUGUGUGAGCAACUCCUCGGCAUAGGCGGUCAGGAAAUGCAUGGUUCUGAUGCUGGGCAGCGGGCACACCACUCCAGCGACGGUGACGUUGUUGUGGACCCUCUUGAUGACCACCUCAGAGAGCCACGUCUGGUGCCAGGUCCCGAGGACGAACGAACGGAUGAACUGGUCUUCGACUGCCGUCGUCAUCUGGUCUUUUCUGCCCGGUUGUCUCAGUGUGCCUGGGAGGAAAAUGCAGGGGAUAGGGUAUUUCUACAUAUUACACACAGGCGGGGGGAAUAGGGCAAAUUGAGGUAAAUUGUGUGUGGGUCUUUAUGGUAACCAGCACUGUAACUAUUUGAGCCUGCAAAGGUCUGAAACUUAUUUUGCAUGACAAGAGUUAGGAGUUUACAUAAUUAUUUAUAUCAUAAUUAUAGUUGGCCUGAAAAAGUCCAUAUCGAUGUAUGAUUUGAGAAAUGAACAGUGGCUUGGAAAAGCUAAGGAGUAUGGAGUAUACUUGUGUUCCAUGAGUUCCAGCUCUUGGUGACUCCUACGCGGUAUGGAGGGUUGGCCUGCUCGUAGGUGAGCGGCCGAUCCCGCGUCGCCGUCAACUUGUAGUGGCCCGAGCGUUGCACGCCGGCCGUGGUGCUGAUUCUUCUAAUUAACGCCCACCACGUAAAGUUCGCAGUUAGUCCUGUCGCCACGGGUGAACCGCCUGCCAUAGAGAAGAGGGACAUCACCACAAACCCUUACACAG